UGGGUGUGGAGAGAUGCACCAACAGUGCAGACAGUAAGAAAGAGAAGUAGCACAGGAAGUGAAUGAGGUCUCGUCGCUUUUUUUCUUUUUAAGGCAAAGAAACGUUGAUGCUCAACCAGACGCGUCAAACUCUUUCAAACCAGCUGGCAAACGAGCGGCAGAUUGUUCCUCUUAAGAGCUCUGGCUGGUUAGACGGGCAGGCUGGAGGGAGGCCUCGGGUCCAGUCUGCUGAGGAGGAUCUCUUCCAGGAAGUCUCAGCAGCGUAACAGCCAGCAUCCUCAGCCACAAGGGGCAAAUGAGAUGGGGGGAAGUGGAGACGACAGCGGGCCGGGGAGGCUGAGCCGCAGGUUCUCUCGCCUGAGCAGGCAUCAGUCCAGGGAUCCUCCGAGACCUGCAGCUCAGCCGGAGAGACUUCCUGCUGCAUCUGACCCACCUGUUCAACCAGAUGACCGGCCUUCUCCACCAGCUCCAGCUCCAGCUCCAGCUCCAGCUCCAGCUCCUCUCACCCCACCCAUUAAAACGCCACCUACACGCCCAGAUAGAGCCACAAAGCCCAAACUUCCCCCUCGGCCACUGUCCAAGGUGUUCAGCAGUACCGAGCAUGGAGCAGCUGUGUUGCAGGGCUUUGAUGUUUUUCGGGCAGAUACGACUCUCUGUGACGUCGUGUUGGUCCCCGGGGACAGCGGGGACACUUUCCCAGUCCACAGAGUCAUCAUGGCUUCGUGUAGUGACUAUUUCAAAGCGAUGUUCACAGGAGGCAUGAGGGAGCAGGAGAUGAGAGAGAUCAAGCUGCACGGGGUCACUAAGUCGGGUUUAAAGAACAUUAUAGACUUCAUUUACACAUCCAAAGUCUGCCUCGACAUGAGUAAUCUCCAGGACACUCUGGAGGCGGCAAACUUCCUGCAGGUCAUGCCCGUCCUGAGAUUCUGCAAUCAGCUGCUGAGCAGCGAGAUCACUAUUGAUAACUGUGUGGAGGUGGAGCGCAUCGCCAUGGACCUGCUUCUGGCGGACGUUCAGCUGAAUAUAGGUGAGUUUGUGAGCCAGAACCUCUCAGCGUUGGUGGAGUGCGGCCGCUACCUCCAGCUCUCUGAAACCAGCAUGGCCAACGCUCUGUCCAACAACACCCUGCAGGGAUUCUCUGAGAUGGAGCUCUACCACAUCGCCAGAGGAUGGCUGGACCACGACUCCCCCAGUCGACGCUCCUCCAUCUACGCCUUGAUGCGCCACAUUCGCUUCCCGCUGAUGAGCCCCAACGAGCUGAUCCAGAUCUCCCAGGAAGAUGAGGAGGGAGGGGACUCCAUGAUGCGCUCUGAGACGGCCUGUGUGAACCUCCUGCUGGAGGCCAGCAACUACCAGAUGAUGCCUUUCAUGCAGCCGGCUCUGCAGACCGAGCGGACGCGAAUACGCUCGGACGACACCCACAUCCUGGCUCUGGGCGGCGUGAUGCGACAGCAGCUGGUGGUGAGCCGGGAGCUGAGGCUGUAUGACGAAAAGACCGGCCUUUGGAGGGCCCUGAAGCCCAUGGAGGCACCGCGAUACCAGCAUGGCGUGGCUAUUCUUGGCGGCUUCCUCUUCAUUGUUGGAGGCCAGAGCACUUACGACACCAAGGGUAAGACGGCCAUCGACAGCGCCUACCGCUACGACCCGCGCUUCGACAAGUGGCUUCAGAUCGCUUCGCUCAAUGAGAAGAGGACCUUCUUCCACCUGAGCACGCUGAAGGGGAAACUGUUUGCAGUCGGAGGAAGGAAUGCGUCAGGAGAGAUUGACACGGUGGAGUGCUACAACCUCAGGAAAAAUGAGUGGACGAACGUGACCAACAUGGUGGAGCCUCACUAUGGACACGCUGGAACAGUUCACGGGGACCUGAUGUACAUCUCCGGUGGAAUCACCCGUGACACGUUCCAGAAGGAGCUCUGGUGUUACGACCCCGCCACCGACACGUGGAGUCGCCGAGCCGACAUGAUGGAGCUCCGCGGCCUGCACUGCAUGUGCACCAUCGGCGACAAACUCUACGUGAUGGGCGGGAAUCACUUCCGGGGCAGCACCGACUACGACGAUGUCCUGGCCUGCGAAUACUACAGCCCGGCGACAGACCAGUGGACGGUGGUGGCGCCAAUGUCUUGGGGCCAGAGCGACGUCGGUGUGACGGUGUUCAACGGGCAGAUCUACGUGGUGGGAGGGUAUUCCUGGAACAGCAGAUGCAUGGUUGACAUUGUGCAGCGGUACGAUCCGGAGCAGGACGUGUGGGACAGGGUGUUCAACGUGCUGGAGCCUCUGGGGGGGAUUCGUUCCUGCACGAUGACCGUUCAUCUGCCAGAGGGGUCAGUGGACGAGGCUGAGAUGCAGGAGGGUCCGCUGCCUACAGCUAAGAGCUGAUACUGCACCACAGGGGGGGGGUUCCGAUACAGGAAACAGUGUAGGUUGCAAACAUGAGCAGGUGCAAGCGUGGCUACUUCUCUAACAUUAGCAUUCAGUGGUUUGCACCUCUUUACUAUUUCUAUAGUGCCGUUCCCUGUCUUUGCUUUUUUUGUCAGCCAUGAAGCAUCCGUCCUGCUGUGCUGCUUGUGUUCUUUCUCUCUGCAGUCUCAGUCUGUGAAAGGAAACGAAGGUCAAAUUGGCUGAACAUCGAUUCAGGGAACAUUAUCGCUGAUUCACAAACUGAAGCGACAUAAAAAGAGGUCAAAUUGACUUCCUAAGUGAAUGAAAAUGUUUUUGGCGACACCACAGCUUCUGAAUUCAGCAUGGAAAUACUGUGACUAAAGAAUAAAGCUGUCAUUAUCUAAGUCUUUCCAUCACUCUCUGAUAAUCUUACAACUUGAGACCAAACGCAGCGAUGACUCCAUCCUGCUAACAAGCGCUGUCUGUUUAACUAACAAGCCCUGUCUGUUCAGACAAGUAGUCGAGUCAUAAGAUGUCGGCAAAACCAACAGGAAUUUGGAAAUUCCGUCUGUUAAUUGAACGUGUGAAGUCCACAUUUUUUCAAAUUACAACUGCCGAUUAGAGCUCAUUUCCAACAGACAUGUAAAAAUAUCAAAGUUAUGUUUUGUAUAUAUAUGUAUAUGCAGUGUUUUAAGAUGAAAAUAAACUGUUGAUGUCACACUCAUUCACUCAGACAGUGAAGGCCAAAGCUCGUAUUAACACACACACACACACACGGACCUCACAAGUGAAGGACGACGAAGCUACCCUUGAGACGUCGACCUUCACCUUCCAGAUAAGACAACAGCCAGCUGCGAUAUCGAAUUCUACGCCGAGGACGACAAAUACUGAAGAGUAGAUGGCGAGUCUACAUAGAAAAGAUGCACAAAGCAGUACUUUAUGCUACACAGUAAGAUGUGAGAGGUGGCCUAAACCUUCUGCACUCUUAGUUCAAAUAAAGCAAAUAAUCGACAUAACAAAUAACUUGAAAAGAAGCCGUAGCUCAACGUCAAGACACUGACAAUUUUAGGCCCCUGAUUGAAGUGUAGGAAAUGUUUUAUUCUGGGGGUGUACAGACAUGAUAAUACUGCUCGAGAGGGUAAAAACCCUGCAGCACUCAGGGGUUUCCACCACACAGCCACAUGAACCAGUGUACCCUUUACUGAGCAAACCAUGGCCAACUAUAAUUCAUCACGAGGGAGGGAAAACAUAUUUGGCCAUCUGGC